CAUUCCCAUCUUCUCGUUAACAAGUAGAGAAGAUAUAAAACAAUCGUCUCUAUCUUUCACUGUCAUCUAGUCUGUUCAGUAAUCUUAUAUUUGAUUAUUUUUGCACAAAGUCAGAGAAUAUCCGCCUGAAUUAGCCUAUAAUUUCAAUUGAUUCACCUAUCAUUCGGGUGAAUUAUUUAACCCCCGACGAUUUUGGAUUGUUUUUGACAGGCAGCAAAGUAAACACCCCGGUUGUUUUGUCUGGUCGGGUUUAUCGUUUUUAUAAACAAGUUUUUUUUUUUUAAAGUGUGGAAGACAGGAUGCAGAAGAGAAGAAAGCCUGAACCGAUCCAACUCAACCCUAUUCCCGAUGGAAACCCUGUCAACGGCACCGGCGCCACGGAGACUAACCUAGAGGCCCUUCAGAAGAAGCUAGAGGAGUUGGAGCUUGAUGAACAGCAGCGUAAACGCCUGGAGGCCUUUCUCACCCAGAAACAGAAGGUUGGAGAGCUGAAGGAUCAUGAUAUGGAAAAGAUCUGUGAGCUGGGAGCCGGGAACGGAGGGGUUGUCUUCAAAGUUUCACACAGACCGUCAGGGCUCAUCAUGGCCAGGAAGUUGAUCCACCUGGAGAUCAAGCCGGCCAUCAGGAACCAGAUCAUCAGAGAGCUGCAGGUUCUGCAUGAGUGUAACUCCCCCUACAUUGUGGGCUUCUACGGGGCCUUCUACAGCGAUGGAGAGAUUAGCAUCUGUAUGGAACACGUGGACGGUGGUUCUCUGGAUCCCUGUCUCUCUCUGCCCUCAGGAAAGAUACCAGAACAGAUCCUGGGGAAAGUCAGCAUCGCUGUGAUUAAAGGCCUGUCCUACCUGAGAGAGAAACACAAGAUCAUGCAUAGAGAUGUGAAGCCAUCUAACAUCCUGGUUAGCUCCCGUGGUGAGAUCAAGCUGUGUGACUUUGGAGUGAGCGGUCAGCUCAUCGACUCCAUGGCCAACUCCUUUGUGGGAACCCGCUCCUACAUGUCUCCGGAGCGUCUCCAGGGAACUCACUACUCUGUCCAGUCUGAUAUCUGGAGCAUGGGUCUCUCUCUGGUUGAAAUGGCUGUCGGACGCUUUCCAAUCCCUCCCCCCGACGCCCGCGAACUGGAAAUUAUCUUUGGGUUCCCGGUGGAAGGGGACGCCUGUUCUAGUGACACCACCUCUCCCAAGCCUAUACCCCCCGGACAGCCUGGCAGCUCCUGUGGGCCAGACAGCAGACCUCCUAUGGCUAUCUUUGAACUGCUGGACUACAUAGUUAAUGAGCCUCCUCCUAAACUGCCAGGUAUUUUCGGCGUUGAAUUUCAAGACUUUGUGAAUAAAUGUUUGAUCAAGAACCCAGCAGACAGGGCAGACCUGAAGCAGUUGAUGGUUCAUCAAUUCAUCAAACAGUCGGAGGCAGAGGAGGUGGACUUUGCAGGCUGGCUGUGUAGCACCAUUGGACUUAACCAGCCAGUCACCCCAACACACAGUGUGGGCAUGUGAUGGCCCUUCUAUACACCUUGGUUACGUCCCAAUUAGCUCUCCUUCCGACCAAAGUGUGCACUUGUUCACUUCCCUUUCAAUGAUUUGAAAGUGGUGGAAACUCCCACUAGCUCAUGCUUCCACCAAUCCAAUUUUCUUGGGGAAGCAGCGAACAAGUGUACACUUAAGGAGAUAUUGGGACACACACCUGCUUCCCCACUGUCUCCUGCUUAGUCAAACACUCAUAGCCUGUAUUCAAGCAGAAUUGCUUUGUUUCAUCGGGGUGGUAUUCACAAUGAACCAAACAGCAAGGGACCAACCUGUCUUUAAGAAAUGUCUGCCACUCUAUGAAGGUCUGCUGUUUUAAUAAGGACAAUAUGUAGGUCUGCUGCUUUAAGGACAAUAUGUAGGUCUGCUGCUUUAAGGACAAUAUGUAGGUCUGCUGCUUUAAGGACAAUAUGUAGGUCUGCUGCUUUAAGGACAAUAUGAAGGUCUGCUGUUUUAGGGACAAUGUGUAGGUCUGCUGCUUUAAGGACAAUAUGAAGGUCUGCUGUUUUAAUAAAGACAAUAUGUAGGUCUGCUGUUUUAAUAAGGACAAUAUGUAGGUCUGCUGUUUUAAUAAAGACAAUAUGUAGGUCUGCUGUGUUAAGGACAAUAUGUAGGUCUGCUGUUUUAAUAAAGACAAUAUGUAAGCUUGGGAAACAGUCUGAGCAA